AUGGUGGACAGGUUGCAGAGAGCCCAGGCAGGAGCCCCAAGCGAACAUGACCCUCAGAGCACCGCUGUGUCCACUGACCAGGUCCCACCGGCCAAGCGGCUCCGAAUACUGGCGAGCACUGUGGCCAUGAUCAGGGUGAGAGUGUCUACCGGAGAGGCCUUUGGGUCCGGCACAUGGGACAAGGUGUCGGUCAGCAUCGUGGGGACUCAGGGAGAGAGCCCGUUGCUGCCGCUGGACCGCCUGGGCAAGACGUUCACCGCGGGCUCGGAGGAGGUCUUCGAGGUGACCAUCCCCAAGGACGUGGGCCCCGUGCUGCUGCUGCGCGUGCACAAGGUGCCCCCGCGGUUGCCCGGCGUGUCCCCGGACGCCUGGUACUGCCGCUGGUUCCAGCUGGAGAUGCUGCCGGGCGCUCCGCUCCGCUUUCCCUGCUACCAGUGGCUGGAGGCGGCGGGGAGCCUGGUGCUGCGCGAUGGAGCCGCCAAGGUUUGCUGGGCAGACAACCACCUCAGGCUCCAGCGCCAGCGCCAGGAGGAACUUCAGGCCAGAAGGGAGAUGUACUGCUGGAAGACUUAUGUCCAAGGCUGGCCUCACUGUCUUGAUGAGGUGUCUGUGAGUGACCUGGACCGCAACAUCAAAUACUCUACAGUCAAGGCUGCUAAAUUCAAACUCAAAACCAGCUCUGCGUUCACAGAGCUGAAAAUCAAGGGCCUGCUGGACCGCACAGGGCUCUGGAAGAGCCUGCAGGAGAUGAAAAGGAUGCUCAACUUCCACAGUACCCCAGUAGCAGAGUACGUGUUCCAGCACUGGCAGGAAGACAGCUUCUUUGCCUCCCAGUUCCUAAAUGGCCUUAACCCUGUAAUGAUCCGACGCUGCCACAGCCUCCCGAAGAAUUUCCCAGUCACCGAUGACAUGGUGGCCCCGGUACUGGGCCCUGGGACCAGUCUGCAGGCCGAGCUGGAGAAGGGAUCUCUGUUCCUGGUGGAUCACGGCAUCCUCUCUGGCGUCCGCACUAAUGUCAUCAACGGGAGGCCUCAGUUCUCUGCAGCCCCGAUGACCCUGUUAUACCAGUGCCCAGACCACGGGCCCCUGCUGCCCCUUGCCAUCCAGCUUAGCCAGAGCCCUGGGCCCAACAGCCCCAUCUUCCUGCCCGGCGAUGACACGUGGGACUGGCUGCUGGCCAAGACCUGGGUGCGCAACGCCGAGUUCUCGGUGCACGAGGCCCUCACGCACCUGCUGCGCGCGCACCUGCUGCCAGAAGUCUUCGCCCUGGCCCUGCUGCGACAGCUGCCCCGGUGCCACCCGCUUUUUAAGCUGCUGAUUCCCCACAUUCGCUACACCCUCCACAUCAACACGCUGGCCCGCGAGCAGCUCGUCGCCCCGGGGAAGGUCGUAGACAGGUCCACAGGACUUGGCAUUGAAGGAUUCUCUGAGCUGAUCCAGAGAAACAUGGAGCAGCUGAACUACACCGACCUCUGUCUUCCCGAAGACAUCAAAGCCCGAGGAGUGGAGGACAUUCCUGGCUACUACUACCGGGAUGACGGGAUGCAGAUCUGGGGGGCAGUGAAGAGCUUCGUCUCUGACAUCGUCGGCAUCUACUACCCGAGCGAUGCAGCUGUCCAGGAUGACCAAGAGCUCCAGGCCUGGGUGAAGGAGAUCUUCGUGGAGGGCUUCCUAGGCCGGAAAAGCUCGGGUAUUCCCUCCUCAUUGGAUACCCAGGAGGCCCUGGUCCAGUAUGUCACCAUGGUGAUAUUCACCUGCUCAGCCAAGCAUGCUGCUGUCAGUGCAAGCCAGUUUGAUUCCUGUGUUUGGAUGCCCAACCUGCCACCUUCGAUGCAGCUGCCACCGCCCACUUUCAAAGGCCAGGCUCAUGCUGAGAGUUUCAUAGCCACUCUCCCACCAGUCAAUGCCACAUGCGAUGUCAUCAUUGCCCUCUGGCUACUGAGCAAGGAGCCUGGAGACCGAAGGCCCCUGGGAACCUACCCAGAUGAACACUUCACAGAGGAGGCCCCCCGGCAGAGCAUCACCGCCUUCCAGAACCACCUGGCCCAGAUCUCCAGGAGCAUCAAGGAGCGGAACCAAGGCCUGCCCCUCCCCUACACGUACCUGGACCCUCCCACAAUCGAGAACAGCGUCUCCAUCUGAAACCCUGGAGAACAUGUGU